UUAUAAUUUUUUGGUUGAAUGAAUUCCUGUCUGUUUGGAGUUACUGACAUUUUACUUUUAUAAAUUGCUCAAGCUGGACAAGAAAACAACACAUUCGGCAUGUCCUAAAAUAAAUAUGCCUUAUCAGAAUGUAACCAAAUUUACACCAACCCACCUCCCAUCCACAUGUAAAACCCAUCGAUGACAUUCAAAUCUUAAGUAAGACGUUUUGUCAAAGUCUAAAAACCACUUUCUAAACAUAGUUACCAGACCAUUAACAUGAACAGUUUAGGCCUUAAUUAAAACGGCCAAUGAAAGUAGUGGGAAAUUGCGGUUUUAUGUAUUUUUACCGUGGUAAAUAUAGUAACGUUACUUAGAUGAACAACAGCCAAUGCAACUUAAUUAGUGAUUAAAAACUUAAUUAAUUAACUCACUUGGUCCUGCCGUCGAGCCCUCUGUUGUGGAAACGGCACUGUUCCUGCAAAAAAGCACGCGGUAUCGUCGAUUCGCACGCGCUUUUGUGAAAUUAAUUUCUAAUAUAGACCGCUUUUUAUUUGUGUGAUUUAAUUUACUGAUUCUCGCGUAUGCCCAAAAAUAUCUUCAUAUAAUGUAAUAAUUUCCUCUGAAACUGAAUGUAAUUUCCCAAAUCCUGCGCAAACGCGGUCUUGCUAAAUCAUAUACUUUUUUAUUCCAUUUUUAUCACAUUUGUUAUCCUGUGUGAUUAUACUCUUGACACUCCCUAUCGACAAUGGGGGUAAAUUGCAUCUGACACAUUCGCGUCUGUAGACCUUACCAAGAUGGCCGCCACUCCGGGAUGUUUUUUAACGACGGACUGACAGGCGUAACUUCCGGUCUCAACUCCUCCUUUGUCUGAGUCCUCUUUCGGUCCUCCGCCUAGUUAUUUAUUUAUUUCCUUUUCAUUCGUGGGGUAUAUUUUAAUAUAUAUCCACAUCUCUCGGUUAUUGAAUGACAUUUGAUUCUGACACAUAUAUGCCUAAAAGCAAAGCCCCCAAAAUGGAUGAUCUGGACUACAUCCCAGCGGACCUGAGCCCAGAGGAACGCUCCGAACUGGAGGAGAUCCGGCGCAGGAAGGGAGCUCUGCUUCUGGAGAUCCAGAGACUGAAAGAUGAGCUGAGAGAAGCCAUAAUAGAGGUGGAGGGUCUGGAAACCAGCACAGAGGGCAGUAAAACUUUACAGAAGAGUCGACAUGUGGCUAUGGGGAGGAAAAAAUUCAACAUGGAUCCGAAAAAGGGAAUUGUGUUUCUGGUGGAGAAUGAGCUUCUCAGACACACUCCAGAGGACAUUGCCCAGUUUCUGUAUAAAGGAGAAGGUCUUAAUAAAACUGCAAUAGGAGACUAUUUGGGUGAAAGAGAUGACUUCAAUAUUAAAGUAUUACAGGCGUUUGUGGAUCUUCACGAAUUCACAGAUCUCAACUUGGUUCAAGCCCUUAGGCAGUUUCUGUGGAGCUUCCGGUUGCCAGGUGAAGCUCAGAAGAUCGACAGGAUGAUGGAGGCCUUCGCUCAGAGAUACUGUCAUUGUAAUCCUGGAGUCUUCCAGAGCACAGACACCUGUUACGUGCUGUCGUUUGCCAUCAUCAUGUUGAACACCAGUCUGCAUAACCCCAAUGUUCGGGACAAGCCAACGGUGGAGCGCUUCAUCAGCAUGAACAGAGGCAUCAAUGAUGGUGGAGACUUACCAGAAGAUCUUCUCAGAAACCUGUAUGACAGCAUCAAGAAUGAGCCGUUUAAGAUCCCAGAGGAUGAUGGGAAUGAUCUGACACACACUUUCUUUAACCCUGAUCGAGAGGGCUGGCUCCUCAAACUGGGAGGUCGUGUGAAAACAUGGAAGAGACGGUGGUUCAUUCUGACAGAUAACUGUCUUUAUUACUUUGAGUACACAACAGAUAAAGAGCCCAGAGGCAUCAUUCCUUUGGAAAAUCUGAGUAUACGUGAGGUUGAAGAUCCCAGGAAGCCAAACUGUUUCGAGCUGUAUAUCCCUAAUAACCGCGGUCAGCUGAUUAAAGCGUGUAAGACUGAAGCUGAUGGCAGAGUGGUGGAGGGAAAUCACAUGGUGUACCGAAUCUCUGCCCCCACCCCAGAAGAGAAAGACGAAUGGAUCCACAGCAUCAAAUCUGCUGUGAGCGUGGACCCUUUCUACGAGAUGCUUGCAGCCAGGAAGAAACGCAUUUCACUAAAGAAAAAGGAAGAGCAACCAUAAAACCCUCAAUUUCUCCUCAUGAUCCUUCCAUAAUCUUACAGUCAUCUUACUCCAGCGCAGAAAAGCUUCUUCCAUUCACUGAGAAACAAACAAUACUUCCCUGACUCAUCGAGGUAGCUCUUGUCCUGCCAUUAUGCUGGUUUUAUGGACACAUUGAUAUUUGUGUCAAACCUGAACACUAAACCAUCUGUGGUUGGAUUGUGCAGGUCUGACCCGUUCAAUACUCUUUUAUUCAUACUUCUGUUCCCUACAUACUUCUACUACACUUCUACACUACAGUGUUAUUCACUAGUCAUCACACCAGCCUGUACAAGCCUUUAAACUGUUUUAUGCUGACAUUCAAAAUAUUUGGACAAUUGCACCGAUCGCAUUCAAAUGAAGUGACAAUUUUGUCAUUAUUUCAUCACCCUCUCAUUGUUCCUUAAUCCGUAUAACUUUCUGUCUGGGUAUCAGGUUUUCAAUGCAGUAAUAAUGGAUGAGGACUGGAGCCUUUGACAACAAACAAAAAACUAUGAAAAGCACCAUUUAAAUAUAUUACAUUAAACUUAGGAACCAAAAUGUAAGUUUUUCUGUCAAAAUGUUGACAUCCGCCCUUAACUCUCUUAAGUGCAUUUACUAGGGUCAACCAAUCAACCAAUGUUUUUGAAUUGGACGUUAUCAAUGAUUCGGUAGGAGUCCAGUUAGCAGCUCACUGAGGGAAAUGUUACAAAUUUCUUCCCCAAACCUGUUAUGUGAACUUCAAUUUUGACAUAAAGGUCCUUUUAGCUUAUUUUUGAUGCGUUGCUUUAGUCCUUACUCCCUGUUACUUUCAGUCUUACCAGGGAUGGAUACAAUCAUACGGGUUUUGGAACAGAUUCAGGGUGAAUAAAUGAUGAUCGAAUUUUCAUUUUUGGGUGAACUAUUUAUUUAACCCUUCAUCGCACAUUACUUAGUUCUCUGCAUUUUACUUGCACACUUCCACUUCGUCAUUAGUUUGAGCGGUCUGUUUGGUUUUAGUUUUCUCUCUCCAUACUGCCGCUCUCACGUUUGAUGGCUUCUGACCAGCGAUCUUGCCGAUAUUGACAGCAUCGUACUGUGAAGUUCUUACACGUUACAGGGUAGACAACCAAACAGCCUGAUGUAUUCUUCAUCAUCACCAUCAUCAUCAUCAGGGACAGAUCUAACAUAGCCUUCACCACAGCUCAGCUUCUCUUGUUUUGUAGAUUGUGUUACUGAUAUUGAAAGAAGUUUUGCUCGCGUUGAAGGCUUCGGUUAGUCUGAAUGCUAUUUACUGAGUCUAUUCUGCCUGUUUGAACUGAAACUAUUUAUCUCUUAUUAAGUUGAGUUUAUGUUAUAAAUGAAGAUUUAAUGAAGGUCAUUGCUACAAACGCAAAUUAUAUUAAGAUUUGGAUGAGGGUGAAUUAGGCCCAUCAGUUUUUGCCAUUUGAAGCAUGUGGUUCACUCCUGGGAUAUAUCAAUGAACUGUUAGAUAUCAUUUUAGACUAAUACUGUUAUGUUUGGCCAUGGGGCGGGACCAAAAUAAUGUUUCCCAGUAUUAAAAAAAAGAAAAGCUGAUGACAUCAUUUCCUGUGAACAGUUGCAGUAAGUUUGUCAAAUGCAUAGUUUGCCAAAUGUGAGUCCGUAAAUAGCCUUAAAAGUCCCCACAGGCCUGUUUAUGAAUGUUUUUGCUAGUGUUUGAACUAAAGAUAACCUAACCACUACAGCUACAACAUUUCGGAGGGAAUCUCACAAGAUCAUGUCCAGGUCACAUUUCACCUAGAAGAAAACUAUAUUAGCGUAAAAAAAACAUUUAUGACAAUUAAGCAUAACAAACACUAUCAUGAUGGCAUAAAUUGUAUAAUUUUUGCAUAUCUAUUUUUUCACAUUACUUAAUAAAAAUUCAGUUAUUUGUGCAUAACUGAAUGGGUCUCAUGGUCUUGAAGAAAACUAUUAUUUCUUCUUUUCAUGAUGUUUGUGAAAUAUGACCCGGACGUGAUGUGGGAACAUUUCGUGGGAUUUUUUUUUUUUCUCAAAACGUGCAUCUGCUAGGUCAGAGAAAGAGAGCGAGUAAGCUGUUUGCUGCUUUCAACCCCACAAACAAUUGUUUUUGAAUCCUUUCUAAUGCUUAGAGAUGUGCCAGACGUAGCAAUGACCUGUAUAUUCAUCUGUUUUUCUGAUCGUGUGAAACACUAGUUACUCCUCUGACUUGACGCUGGUUACUUUGAAGGAGUCCCAUGGCAGCUUAUUUCAAUGUACAAUAUAUUUAGCCUUUAUUCUGUUUGUAAAUAUAUGUUGUUAUGUUUGUUUACACAGAUUGAUAGCAUUUUUAUAAUUUAUUGUUUUUGUUCUUUAAAGUAAUAAGAAUAGGGGAUGCAUGUUGUAUUGAAUUGAAGCAUCUUUUGUAAAGAGUGGAUGUAAUGGCAAGAUUUUGGGCACGUGUCAAGCAACUAUUAGCGUUCCGUAUUUCUAAACCGUACUUGGCUAUUGUGAAUCAACAAAUUGGUAUUUCAAUCAGUAUAGGCUAUAGAGAGAGGUGGAGAGCAUCAAAAUGUAAACGAAUUUAAAAAAAAAAAACACUAGCAACAUUGAAUGUUUUUUAACAAACAAAAAAAAACUGAAUUAUACGGAACACUAAUAUUGCUCUGAAGUCAUAAUAUCCGAUCUAUUUAAAUAUACUAAUAAUGAAAAAGUCAGUAAUGAGAAUUGUUUAGCAGUGCAUUUUGCUUGACUUUUGUGAUUUUUCUCAAUUAGUAUGAAGCUUUGCUAUAUUAAUGGAUGUCUUUGACAUUAAGACAUAUUUAAAACUUUGGAGUUAGAAUCCAUGUUUGUGUCACUUUAAUAGUUUUCACUACAUGACUGGUUAGUGCCCUCUCAGUAUACAAUUAAUACUGCACAUGUAACAGGUGCUAAUACAAAGCAUUCGUUUCCAGUAAUUGGUAGUUAAUAUGCUUCACAUCGUAUUUAAUGCUAACCUAUGGGCCGAAUAUGACUGAGAGAGAUCUCAAGGGACUACAAGUGUUAAAUGGCAUCAACUGCUGACUGCAACAUUCCUUGGGUAUAAGAUAUGUGCUUAAAACAAUAGUUAGGGCAUGACAUGGACUGAUGAAGAGAGUAAAAUGAUUUUUAAUGACUUGAAUAUGUUUUGGAGUCUUUUACUCUGGGCAUUCUUGAUGAGUUGUGCGAAGGUGCCAAAGUCUUUGAAUACAAGACGAAUGAAAGCAUUUCUUUAUGUCUCUCCUCAGUGUUUUUAAGUGUCUGUCUUUAGAUGGGCCACAGAUUGUUGAAAGAUUCUUCAUGUAGCAAAUCAAGAACUCAAUUAUGGUACACUGUUGCCAGUCAACUCUAAUAAACAGAAGU